CAUCUCCCGGCUUGGCAGGGUUUGGAGACGGUGAUCCCUCGCUGAACAGCACUACCGAAGAUAGGAAGAAUAUUUUGAAAAGGAUGGACGCGGUACACAUGGCCGUAGCUGUCCUUUCCGGCAGCCAGAUAUUGUUGGCCUCUUCUACUUCUACACUCUCAUCUUCUUGUUUAUUCAUGUGGUUCAUAAUAUAUUGCUUGCAUCUCACUUUUCAUAUUGGCAUCGAGACGCGCGGCCACGAGCCACGAGCCACGAUUCAGCGAGCUCCGGUAGAAGAGCUCCUGAGUAUAUCCCGACCAAUAUGCUUAACGGAACCUUUAUGGUGCGGAGAUAGUAACGCUGAUGAUGAUGCGAACGGUAUCGAACAGGGCUUUGCCGCUUGCUGCCCGCUAUGGCUCUGUCCUGUUAGCCGCCUUCCUCGUCUACUGUAUCAUUCGCGAGCCUUUAAAUAUAGCUGUCAGUAAUAUAUCAUUUCCAGGAAAGGGCGAUUCUUAUACUCCCGGGUCAGGGGGCGACCAAGGAAGCUUUCCCGUUAUCGGUGGCAAAGAAGACACCAAGGGCGAGGAAGCCAACAAGGGCCCUGCUGGUGCGGCUCAAGCUAUCCAGGAAAAGAAUGCGGAGAGGCCAAUGAGCGAGGGGGAGGAUGUUAUAAAGUACGUCAAAAAGUACAAACCGGAAUCGAUUCCAUCCACCCCCAUUGGAGACCAUUUCCCUUGGCUCACGCAUUCGAAAUCCCCGCCGCCGGUCCUCGAAAACAACCUACCUCCCCAUCCGCACGUAGAGGAAGCGACGCCGCUGCUUAUCGGCUUCACACGAAACUGGCCGUUGCUGUUACAAUGUGUGAGUAGCUAUAUUGCGGCCGGGUGGCCGCCGGAGGAUAUCUACGUGGUUGAGAAUACAGGCACGUUCCACGCGAAUCGGCAACAUGAGCUGGAGUUACAAAACCCCUUCUUCCUCAACUACACGGCACUGGACAUUCUCGGGGUGAAAAUCCUAGAGACGCCAACUCUACUUAGCUUUGCCCAGUUACAGAACUUUUUUCUACACACGGCGCUCGAGCGCGACUGGCCUUUUUUCUGGUGGAGUCACAUGGACGUGUUGGUAUUCAGCGACGAGGAUGUCAAGAAGAACGAUCGAGAUCACGAUUGGGACCAUGACCCAUACGCGACUAUUUACGAACGUUGUAUCGGAUUGCUGCGAUACCUAAACGGCCCAGAUAUGCCGCCGUGGGCUACCCACUUCUUCGAGUACGAUCACCUCGCCCUAGUGAAUCGCGAUGCGUACCUCGAGGUCGGCGGCUGGGAUACUCACAUCCCUUACUACGCCUCCGAUUGUGAUAUGUACCUACGCUUGCACUGGGAGGGAUACUGGCAGCCGCAAAGCGAAGCAGGUCUCGUGUUUGACGUUUCCACAGCGCUCGACGAUAUUAUGGCCCUAUUCCGUGUCCCAGGCGCGCACGCUACGUUCAAGGGAGACCCCGUGCACGCGGCAGGUGGCGACGAUACCUCCGAAUCUGAGAGAGCUCACCGGGAAGCGGAGCUUAAGCGCGAGCAGGACAUGCGGCCGUGGGUAGACAAGGAGGGCGAGACCUUCGCUCACCUGGUCGAGGUGGCGAAUCGCAUGCAGGAUCUCAAGUGGGUAGACGAAGGAGUGCGGCGCAACGCAUGGCAGACGCGGCAGGCGGGCGGGCAGGCGGAUCCCUUCUAUCGCGAUCCGGAGGGGUUCGCGGCUGGGCUAGAGACUCUCGUUGAUGCCGGACGUCGGGUUUUCGCCGAUAAAUGGGGACAUCGCGGGUGCGACUUAUUAGCUAUGGGUAUCGAGGGUAAAGACGAGUGGCGCCUCGAGCGAGACUGGGAUAUCCGCGAGAGCCCCGGGAGCGAGGGAGGGAACUGGGGAAAGGAUUGGAUGACGGGAAGUGAGGAUUUGAACAAGUCAUAAGCGGGUGAGAAAGGAUAAAAAGGGGGUAAGGUGUGAAUAGGGGUUACAUAUUUAGAGUAGAGGAAGCCUUGCGUCUUGGGUGACGAACAGUGAUGGUUUCGGACUCUACGGAUAUAUUAUUAAGGCGUUCUGGAUGGAGUAGAGUAUAACCUAGGCGUUAUCG